AUUAAACUUGCCCCCCCCCCCCGGUGGGUUCGUCCAAACUCUCUCCGCCGCCCUCCCCGCUGACGUUACGCACGCUGCCGUGGCGUGCCUGCGAGCUGAGAAACAUGGAGUCCUCCGCCUGGCACCUCCGAGCAGGGAUCCUACCGAAAAACCCGAGCGGCGACUAGAGACGACGGGCCAAGUUUGUGCGUCGGAGCCUCCGGCCAGCACCGGCGCGGCUCCUACAAGCUCCGGGCCCGGUCCGCAAACUAUGUCGGACGGCGCUUAGACGGUGUCAGGCUCGCUGUGCGACCCGCAAAACAGGCCGAUCACAACUCGGAGGAGGUUGCACAAUGUAGGCAGGCUGUUUGCCAGCGGGACUCCAUACUGUUCUCUGGGGGGGGGGGGAGCAUGGAGGCAGAUGGGCAACCCCUUACCCCAGGGACCAGCAACGGGCCCCUGUCCUACGGCUCAGCACGCAAUCCUGGCGCCCCCAACUUCCUCCACUGCAGCUUAGAGUCCUCGUGUUCUCCAAAUCUGGGCGACGGCUUGAUGACUUCUGAGUGCACAUGGGACCUGUCUGAGGAGGACGAGCCCGAGACGAGCGCCGCAGACCCGCAGAGGAGCGAGCAGAGGAGAUUCAAGUCCUCGGCCUUCCCUUCCUCUCUAAGCUGGGACUCGGACUCAGAGAAGGAAACCCUAGACGAGGAGGAGCUACAGAACUUUUCUAACCCUCACGGUCUGGCUACUCACAGCCCAGGAUCUCCUUCGACUGGACUCAGGCUUGAAGGGGAAGAUGACCAGGAAUUUGAGAAACUGCAUUCCUUCAAUAGUACGACUGGCACAUCCACCCCGGCAGAGGGGUGCAGCGACAACAAUGAGAGGACAAAGAAAGAGGAGCCAGAUACAAGGCAGCCCGGCCAAACAGAAUCAGCAGAUAACAGAGUCUGGAGUGUAUCGGAGGCUGCUGAGCCGUUUCUGUCCAAAGGGAAGCCAAAGGAAGAGGAGGCUGAAAGCGGCAAGGGAGAGACGAGGCCCAAGGGACAGGAAGCCAGGGAGCCCGAGAGAGAUGUUUACACCUUCCCUGGAGACUCCGACCCAGAGAGUCCGCCUCCUGCUCCGUGGGCCCACUGCACUUUCAUUCAGCGGUGCAGGAAGAAGAGGGCCCUGCUCAGGCCCUUCUCUGGAAUCGGAUCGCCCGAAUCUCAGAAGUUGGACAGACUGAGUCCUCAAGCCUCUAAAACCGACGAGACUCCAGCGCCCAGCCGAGCGGCGGGCGUUUACGAAUUUGAGGAAGUCGGCUUUGACGAGGGCGAGGCGAUCGGGUUCAGAGACGGAGCCGGGAAAGGAGUAGAGGAGGAGAAGAGCGAGUGGGGGUCCGGCAACGAGAUCUUCACGUGUGUGGAGUGUAGCAUCUACUUCAAAAAGCAGGUCCACCUGCAGGAGCACAUGGCCGAGCACUGCCAGACUUCGGCCGGGGCAAGCAGGCGCUCGGGGAAGGGCAGCCGUUUGCGGUGCGCCGAGUGCGGCUGGAACCUGCCGAACCGCCCGGCGCUGGCCGACCACCAAAGAAGGCACCAGGAGUCCCGUCUGAAGAUCCUGGAGGAGAUUGAGAAACUGAACGAAAACGAGACGGCGAAAGAGUCUGAAGCGCCGGAGAGCGGAGCGGCGAAGCGUGCGUGUGCUGACCCGACCGUUGCACAAUAUACCGGCCCGGCGCUGAAUCCAGGUGAAACGUCAGACAGAGAAGUGGAGAAAUCUCCUGCCCCCUCCGCCGCUGCAUUCUCGGUUCAGGACGCGGAUCUUGCCGUCGUCGACGUUCACUCAGUUCCCCCGAGUUCGGUCCGGAGCGCACCGCAGGCCCACCGCCGGCGCUUUGUCUGCAGCGAGUGUAACUUCAGCACAAGAACAUCCCAGGCUCUGGCUAAUCACUCCAAGAUUCACAAGAGGAAGAAGCAGAUCCUCCACCCCCACCCUGCUCAGAAAGCACUGAGGGAACAGCAGACUCUGGCUCGCCCAGAAAAGAUGUCAACCAAGCAGCAAAACGAGACCAGCCGCUCUUCAACGUCGAAUGCACAAAUCGUAAAAUCAGCCCCAGAUUGCCAUUACCUCUCUGAGUCCGAGUCCCUGCCCGGCGCCUCUCCUGUCAGAGGCCAUGGGGACAUCACUGCCUCCGAGGACAGCACAGCGUCGGACCGCGGUGCGGCUCGGCCCGAGUGUGUCGCGAGCAGGAGAUUCAGCGCGGCUGGAGAGCCUCACGUCGAUACGUCCAGGUUUGAUCCCGAGGCAGACGACGACACGUUGCCUGGGAGCGAAGCGGAAGAGCGGGAUAGUGAUCACAGCGAGGAACUUAAGCCGUCCCAGCGAGAGGCCAGCUCACCCGUGGGAAGGAAGCUGCACAACACGGAGGAGCCUUCACCACAGCAGGAGGCGGCCGUAUUCCCACCGGCCAAGAAGCGUGCAAAGGACCAAGAAGAAGACGAGGCGCAGAAAGGCAGAAGGGUUUUCUUUUUGAGGCGAAGCAGCAGGGUGACCGCGGCCCAGGCGCAAACCGAGAGCGACGACGACACUGACGGGGAGCACAUGCCAUGCUUCCUGUCGGAGGGGGUUUUCGGUGGAGACGAGGGCGAGAUGGACGAGGCCGCGGAGGCGCUGAGGAGCGUGGAGAGGAAAUGCCCCUACUGCCCCGAUCGAUUUCACAACGGGAUCGGUCUGGCCAAUCACGUGCGAGGACACUUGAAGCGAGUGGGCGUCAGCUACAACGUGCGUCACUUCAUCUCCCCCGAGGAAGUCAACGCCAUCGAGAAGAAGUUCUCCUACCAGAAAAAGAAGAAAAAAGUUGCCAACUUUGACCCAGACACAUUCAGCUUGAUGCACUGCGAGUUCUGCAGCGCUGGCUUCGACACGCGUGCCGGCCUGUCCAGUCAUGCCCGGGCUCACCUCCGUGACUUUGGGAUCACUAACUGGGACGUUACCAUCUCACCUAUCCACAUUCUGAGGGAGUUGUUCUCCAGCAGGCCAGACCUGGUGAUCCCCACAGAUCCCCCGCGCAGUCUCGCCAGCUCUUCAGAGGAAGAAGAAGAUGAGGAUUGCGAUGAGGGGGACUCCAAGGACGGAGGGAUUAUUAAAGUAAAGGUUGAAGGGGAGACGAUUGAGAAGACCCCCCAUCCCUCUGGCUCCCUUGCCCCGUGUUCUGGAGAUCGUGAACACAGGAAGAAGAAGGAAGUAGUGGAAGACUCUGAAGGUAAUGAUGAAGCGGCUGAUGAAGAGGAUGAGGAGGGUCACCGGCUUACUGCACUUGAUGGUCUGUGCUCCAGUCCUGGAAAAAAGGACAGUCUAUCUCUGAGGGAGGAUGUAGACGGCAAGGUCCAGAAGUGGAAGUGUGAGGUCUGUGACUCUCAGUUCGAGAGCAGGCGCGGACUCUCCAUCCACUCUCGCGCUCACUUGCGCCAGCUGGGCUUCACCGUCUCUGAGAGCGGGGGCUCGGCCAUCGACCUGCUCCACCAGAUAGCCAUGGAGCGCAGCAUCGACGGCAAAAUAAGCUCGUCCCUGCUCACGCCCAAGAAACCCUCCCAGCCCGUUUCCCUGAAAGAUGAAAAGAUGGAGGACAUGGAGUUGGAUGAGAAACCCAUCCCUCUCUCCUUAUUGGCUAAAGCAGCGAAGGCAGUGCCCUCUGGCUCUGCGACGCCCACACCUUCUCCGGGGGCCUCUCCGGCUCCAGCUCACUCCAACUCACCUUCCUCAGUAGUGAAGAAAGCCCCCAUUUCCUCUCUGCUGCCCGUGUCUUCCCCUUUGCGCUCACCAGAGCACAAGGUCGGGGGACUGAAAAGCCUGACCGCUAACCUGUCUGCUGCCUCCGGCUCCGCAACAUCCAAACCACUUUGGGCUCCCCAGGAGAACGAUGCUCCUCUCAACCUCACACUGGACGCGGACUCCGAUAAGGACAUCGUCUGUCAGCUGUGCGGCGCCUGGUUUGAGACUCGUAAAGGCCUAUCCAGCCACGCACGGGCCCACCUUCGACAUUUUGGCGUUGAGUACUCCGAGUCCAAGGGCUCUCCUAUAGAGCUCCUGAGCCAGCUCAUGGACACAGAUGACUUCAAGCACAAAGCGAGUGCCCUGGAGCUGGACUGUCCCUCGGAAGCACAGGACGUCACCCCGGCGCCUGCCCCCGCCAAGCAGUCCCUGCUGACGCUCUCCUCUUCUUCCUCUGCGCCCCUCCUCUACAAGGUGACCACAGUUGGGGGCGGGUCGAAAGCUACCUCUUCCUCCGCCUCGUCUCUACCGGCCCCACCCGCCAAGCGUCUCAAGACCUCUUCCAUGCAGGUCUUCCGCCUCAGCAGUGGCGAGCUGAUGGCCCUUCCUCACAAUGAUCCUCCAAAGGAGAUCGGCUGUGAAUACUGCGGGGAGUAUUUUGAGAAUCGCAAGGGACUUUCCAGCCAUGCCCGCUCCCACCUGCGCCAAAUGGGGAUCACCGAGUGGUCUGUCAACGGGUCGCCAAUCGACACGCUGCGGGAGAUCAUCACAAGACGGGGCCUGCCCUGCGCUCUUCCUCUCAAGCCUCUCAAAACCCCCCCGCCGUCCUCUCCAGGACCCCCUCGUUCUCCUCUGUCGGCUUCCUCGUCUCCCUCGGCCACGCUCCUCGGCCGCCUGCCUUUUGCCUUCGCCCGCCCGUCCAGUCCUCCUCAGUCGGCGAUGUCAAAGUCCGGCUCGGCUCCUCCAAUGUCUUCGAGCAGCCUGACUCUCAAGCCAAAGCCGGAGCCGGUCCAGGUGGAGGUCACUGCGCCCGGGUCUGUGGGAAGGUCCGGAGGGUUUCCUGUUGAGUCUCCGAACUCAAACUGGAGCAAUCCUGACAAAGCUUACCCCCUUAAUCUAGCCAUGGGCCACGAAGUGGAGCCUACGAGGGACAUUCGAUGCGAGUUCUGCGGGGAAUAUUUUGAGAACCGCAAAGGUCUAUCCAGCCACGCGCGCUCCCAUCUGCGGCAAAUGGGCAUCACAGAGUGGUCUGUCAACGGCUCGCCCAUCGACACCCUGAGGGAAGUCAUGCACAAGCGAGGGUCUGGGGGCUCGUCUCGCUCGGACCAGGGAGUGAAGAGAGAGUCCCGCCAGGGGACCAACAGUCCCUUGUGGGAAAACGUGGGAGGAGCUAGGGGCUCAGAAGCUUUGGGUAUUUCAGGGUACCAGUCCUCCAAAUUCCACAAAUCUCCUCUCAGUUUGGUGCAGUCCGGGUCAAGGAUCCUUAAGCAGGGUCCGCCCGCCACCCAACCUGCAGGGAAGAUGUUCCGGUUGUCCCCACUGGGCAAAAGGCUUUCCUCAGAGCGGGCCCAGUCAGCGGAGACUGCUGCUUCACAAGCACACCGACUUAAGACUUUCCCAUCCCUUCCACAUGAUUUCUCCUACAAAAGAAAACCCUCCCCAGAAAAGCACGGACACCAGGACCCCAGCUGUGAGCUGUGCGGCUUCUACUUUGAGAAUCGUAAAGCUUUAGCCAGCCAUGCGCGAGCCCACCUCAGGCAGUUCGGUGUGACCGAGUGGUCCGUGAAUGGAUCGCCCAUAGAGACGCUGAGCGCGUGGAUACGCAGCAGACCACAGAAGGUCCUGGAGAUGCACCGCAACUACAUGCAGGGUAACCGCUCCACCCUGAAGAAGAAGGCCCAGUCCUCGUCCACUCAGUGGUCUUCUUCCUUGGCUGCUGGCCUGGCUCGACCGCGCAGCCAGGAACUCCGCCAGGGGUCCUCAGAGGCCGGCGACGUGGAAUCUGGUAUCGCCUCACGGCCGGGUUCGGUCAGGGCCGGGGGCAGCAGCCCCACCCUCUCGCGCCUCGGCAGCAGCCUUCAAGCACAGGUGGCCCGCAGCGAGCUGAAUGUCCGCCUGCCAAGAGGUUUCGAGCGUCGGCCUUUGAAGCACCCAUCCUGCCCAGACGGCGCCGACAGGGACAGCGGCUCCCCAAAGCCCCCACGCACAGGCACCGUCCCCUCCCUGGUGCCCAAACCGCCCUCCUACCCACUGGUCAAACUGGUGGGCAAGUUCUACACCCUGAAGUGCCGGUUCUGCGAGGUGGAGUUCCACGGCCCACUGUCGGUGCAGGAGGACUGGAUCCGACACCUCCAGCAGCACAUCUUCAAGAUGAACUACAAGAAGCCCGCCGCUCUAAAAGCGGCCCCCGCUGAUGGCCACGCCCUGGCUGACAACUCCGCCCCGGUCCAGGCCUCUGUACCGGCCUCGGACUCCAGUUCAAGAACUGCCUCCACCCCGACCCGCUCCACGGCCCCCAACAGCCGCUCCUCCACGCCCGUGGCAGAGUUCGCUCCUGCCAUAACUGCCAGUGAGAUCACAAAGGUCUCAGAGGAGCAGUCCGCCAUGAUUCCAACUCCCAUUCCUCUUCCCACCCAGGUGGUGUGAGCUGAAAGCUCCUCACGCAUUGUUACGCGCCCGCCUUUUGUUUCCCCCCCCCCCGUCGCUGUUCGUCCGCCACUUUCCUUCCUUUCACCUUCUGAAAGCGUUGUUAGGGAGGAGCUUUCUGCGCCGUAAGAGCCGUUUUGAAGCCCCAAGCACCUUUGAAGCAUCUCUCGACUGUUCCUAAGUCCAGUUGCCAUGGGAACGAAGCUUUCCUGGCUCCGCUGUGGAUAAAGGAGGGUGGUAAUGGGGACUGUCCAAGGUCAUGAUGAGAAAUCAAAUACUACUUUGUGUUUGCCUUGUUUAUACUGAAUGUUCAGACGUUACUGUACCUUUCCCGUUCACUGGGGGAGAGUAAGAGGCUCAUAUGAACCCUUUAUCGUGCUUUAACUGGCCCGGCUACUACAACUCUCCCCCCACCCCCCCUUCUUAUAUGAACACGACUUGUAAGAUGGCGAGCCUUUCUUUCUUAAAAGUUCCUGACUGAGAUUCAAAAAGACGUUUCUAAUCAUGCCGGUCUCGCAGCCGAGACGUUAAAUGUGUGGUAACACUUGGUGUUAACGAGGCACUUUUUAAAUUUGACACUGUCACACUGCACUUAAUGGGACACAAUUUACACGUGUUAAGGUGGACUGUUGGUACAAGAGAUGGAAGCACACAAGUGAGGGAAAGCAAUCACUCAUGUUGACCUUUUUAGAUGGAACGCCGUCCCCCAAAGCAUACAUACUGUACAUUCAGCUUGAAUGUAGCACCUAUUUUGACCUUAUACGCACAUUCAUACACAAACAUACAGUCCUUUGCAAAAGUAUGCUCACCCUUUGAACUUUCUGAUUUUGUCCUGGUCCCCUGUUAUAAACCUUAAUGCUUUUUAAUGUGGUUUUAUGUGAUACACCAGCACCCUAACUCUGAUACCCAAAAUCUAUUGUGAUCUAUAGCUGUCAGAGGUCACCUAAUUAAUGAUCGGCGUAGAUGGUUAUUAUGUAUUUAUUCUGAAUUCACAUAAGGGAUCUGUUUUCAGGGCUGCUACUACGUGUGCACCCCACACAUUUCGCCUUGGUAGAAAAAUGGCAAGAAAAAAAAACUUUAGUUGAAAGAAAGAGCAGACACGCCUCUGGUCAGAUAAGACCAAAUCAAACUACUUGACUUGGAUGCAAAAUGUUAAAUCCAUCCAUCGUUUAUUCCCAUUUAUCAAUGUAGGGUUGUGGGGGCUGGUGCAUUAGUCCAUCAUAGGGACAAACAACCAUUCACCUACACACUUCUACCUUAGAGAGAUUUAGAGAGACCAGUUAACCUAGCAUGCAUCAGCAGGAGUACCCUGAGAGAACCCAUGCCUGCACAGGGAAACAGUGCUGACUUUCAGCAGAAAGGAUUUUAACCUGGGAACUUCUCCUGGCUUGAGAACUGAAUUGCGCCUCCAAAAUGUUACGUGCUUCUCUUCAGUUCUGGUUAUUUAUACAGCUCCGAUUUACAAUGAAUGUUGUCCUAAGGUGCUUUAUGAAAUACAAGCCAAAAAAUUGCAAAAAACAUCCCAUUUAUUCACAAAUUUAUGAAUUUAUUUCAGUCCAAUUACACAGAUUGAUUCAAAGUCAGUUCCAUGCUUUCCAAUUCCCUCCUUGUUAUAAAACUAGGAAAACGCCAACAGGACCUGGCUCAGCGUGACCGACGGAGGGAUAGAGAGGACAGAGCAGACACACACGAGACUGAAGCACUGAUCUAGGAUUAUUUUCUAUGUUAGCUGGGACAGGGGAGCUGGUCACAGUUGAUGGGGAAACUGGAUGGAGCUAAAUACAGGGCAGCCCUGGAAGGAAACCUGUUGGAAACCACAGAAAACUGGAGACCCUAAACAUACAGCCAGAGCUGCAGUGGAAUAAUAUUAACACUGAAGAAUAUUACAGCUUUAGACCUAAGUCAAACUGAACAUCUGUCAAGACUAAGAAAAAAUGUUAACAGAUGCUUUCCCUCCAAUCCAACCGAGUUUCAACUAGUCUGCAAACGAGGAUUUAGUAAAGAUGUCCGUCGCUAGAUGUGCAGAACAGGUAGAGGCGUACUGCUAAAGACUUCCAGCUUUAAAUGCAGUGGAAGUUCUAAAACCUACAGAAGUGGAGGUUUUUCCAGAUUUUUAUUAAAAAAAUAAAAUAAAAUCAUGCAUCACUUUCCUUCAACUUCACAAUCAAGCACUACUUUGUGUUCGUAUCCCAAUAAACCACGUAGAAGUUGUGAUGUGAAAAAGAAGUUUAAGGGGUUUGAAUACUUUUGGAAGGUGCAUUACACAGUACACACAUUCAUGGCCAAACCCAUGCUCCCUAAUAUGAUUCUACUGAUGGUUGUGCCUCUCUUCCUGCUACGGCCCCACAGAGCAGAACCGACUGCUGAAGGCCUUCCAGCCUCGACGUUUGACAAGUCGGGUCAAAGCGCGCUCGGUCGCUCAUUUCAGCUCGUCCAUUCACGGUGUUGCCAUGUUCUUCCUGCCUUUCUCUACGUAACCCAAAAUCAUGUAUUUAUUAUUUAGCAUCUGAAUGUGGGAAGUCCAAUUCUGUUUAAAGCAGAAGUACAACGGGAGUGUGUGUGUGUGCGUCUGCGUUAGUCUGUACAUUUUUGUACAUUCACUACAAAUGUGUCAUUUAAAAAAAAAAAAAAAGAAGAAGCAAACACGAUUCAAGUAAAGCUGCUUGACGGAAAGACGCCUCCUUGGUUAAAAAAAAAAACGGACUCGCCUGUCCGUCCUAGAGUCCAGUCAGGACUCGAUAUGCAUCCGUGGUUGCGAGGAUGUGCCAAAGAGCCUGUUUACUUCCAUAUCUUGCCUCUGUAAAAGCUGUUUACGUUGGACCUGAUGGUGGACAGCGAGCACACACAAUGGACAACAGUGGACUGGAACCGCGUUUGGCAUAAUCCUGCUUCCUUAAAAGACCUCAUGAGACGGCCGUCGUUACUGUAGAGUUCUAUUUAUUCCAGUCGCAAACCAAACGUGGGUUAAAAAAGGGGCGGGGCUCUCGAGCCCUGCCAGUCCACAUUCAGAAACAGGUGAACCUCUGGAUCGGGAGGCUGUGAUCUGAGCUCUGUUUCUUUAUUUUUUUUGUUGGCUUUAGGUUACCGUGUUCAGACGUUAAAGAGACAUAUAAAGGGUCCACGUAGGUCGUUGAGAUUUUAGAGUCUGGUCCAGUGUUUCCCAUGCUUAAAUCGUGACUGUUCGAUCCAAAUGAUUCCUCCAUUCCCUGUUAUGGACUAUAUACAUAGCUAUAUAACUUCAUAUACUUAAAGAAACUGCUGGUGCUAAUAGAGCGGUCAGCAUUUCUGUUAGCAAAGUAGUUACAACAAGUGAUCUUAAAUUCCUUUCUUGUGAUUUGAUUUCAACAUUUGAUGCUUUGUAUUUUUACGGAUCUGUGUGUUUUAUGUAAUUGCAGUCCUGCGGAGGUGACUCUUAGGGUGUUUCUUUUUUUUUUCUUUUUUUUUUUUUAUCUCAUGUUAGUUUCUCCAAGCUGAAACUCGGUGCUGGUGGGAAUGGUGGCGACUGAUCACAUCUUGUCAUCAGAACACUCUUAAAUAUGAGUCCAUAGAGGGGGGGGGGGGGGGGGGGUUGCGCUUUUCCAAGUGGACUUUGGCUCCUCCUUCGCUGCAUUCAGAGGGAAAAGGCCCAGAGGGCGUACCUGGCAGAGCCUCAGCUGGUGCAACUUGCUGUUCUGUGUGCGAGUGUGUGUAUGCUUUAUGUUUGAGUGUCUUUCAAUAGCAGCUGAGGAAGAAGCAGUACUGUACACAAAGGGUAAUGUUUUAAGUGAAUCGACUCCAGAACAAAAAAAAAUAAAUGUGAUUUCAAUUUCA